ACUGCGACAUUCCUUUGGUCUGUGUGCCCAACCCGAAGAAGAGGGAGGAGAAGAAGAAGAAAGAAAACAACAAACGUAAGUCUGACCCGGAAUAACAAGAUGGCAGGAAAUGGGGGAUUACAGGAAUCAGGCCUGUAACUCCGACUUCAGCAUCUUGAGCAGCUAGACGACCGCGGGGUGCUCUGCCACCAUCAGCAUGAACCUCCAACAGCCCGGCCCUCUCAUCCCCGCCCCCGUUCAUCCUGAUGUUGAGAUGAAGCCGCUGCCCUUCUACGAUGUGCUGGACGUCCUCAUCAAGCCCUCAAGCUUAGGAGCGAGUACUUCACAGAGGUACCACCAAGAGAAAUACUUCAUUUUCGCGCUGACACCACAGCAGGUCAGAGAAAUCUGCAUCUCCAGGGACUACCUGCCAGGCGGCAGGAGGGAUUACAUGGUUCAAAUUCAGCUAAGGUUCUGCUUGGCGGAGACUAGUUGUCCUCAGGAGGAUAAUUUCCCCAACAGUCUUUGUUUAAAGGUCAACGGGAAGCUUUUCCCUCUACCUGGCCUGGCCCCCCCACCGAAGAACGGAGUUGAACAAAAGAGAACAGGAAGACCUCUAAACAUCACCAGCCUGGUGCGGCUCUCCUCCGCCGUGCCAAACCAGAUCUCCGUGACGUGGGCUCCAGAAAUCGGAAAGACCUAUUCCCUUUCUGUGUACCUCGUGAGGCAGCUUACAUCACCAUUGCUCCUGCAGAGACUAAGGAUGAAGGGAAUCAGGAGUCCAGACCACUCCAGAGCACUAAUUAAGGAGAAGUUAACUGCGGAUCCAGACAGUGAGAUCGCCACGACGAGUCUCCGGGUGUCACUUAUGUGUCCGCUGGGGAAGAUGCGCCUGACGGUCCCAUGCAGAGCCGUGACCUGCUCUCAUCUGCAGUGCUUUGAUGCUGCCCUCUACCUGCAGAUGAAUGAGAAGAAACCCACCUGGAUCUGCCCUGUCUGUGACAAAAAGGCUGCGUACGAGAAUCUCAUCAUCGAUGGUUUGUUCUUGGAGAUUCUCAACGACUGCUCAGAUGUUGAUGAAAUCAAGUUUCAAGAGGAUGGAACCUGGUGCCCAAUGCGGCCGAAGAAGGACACAGUGAAGGUCUCUGUCCAUUCGGUGGGAAAAGUAGAAGCCACAGCUCCUCUACCCCAGUCCUUGGUGGUGGUCCCUUCUGUGGAGCCCAGCCUCUCCAAGAAAACCGAUGUGAUUGAUCUGACGCUAGAAAGCUCGUCUGAUGAUGAUGAUGUGAGCACGACCCCCCCGCCUAAGAAACAGUGCGUCUACAUCUCCAAGACGGAGGAGAUGCAUGCAAAGGGUGUGUUGACCUACCAGCCGUCUGUGCGCCUGCCCAACGUCCCCAGCCUGGAACAGACGUACCUGAGCUCGGCGCUUGCCGAGUACGCCUUUCCCAUCCACUCGUCCACCCUGGCCUCCAUCCCUACAGAGAUGCAGAGUCUGGAUUUGUUUUCAUUAAUUCCAACAGAACCUCAGCAUUUCAGGUCUCAGAUGUAUUUGGAAAACCUUUCAGGCAUCCAGAGCAGCGUAGCAGCUGGAAGCAGCUCCGCUCUGGUCUCCUCCAGCUCCAGCAGCAGCAGCUACAACACCAGCAGCCACACGGCCUCCAUCCAUGACACCAGAGGGGGAGGGGGGCGCUCUGGAGAUGUGACCGGAGGUAGCCUGUCGGACAUUAUCUCACUGGACUGAGCCACGUUCUUCACACCUUCUCCAGGCUUCCUGUCAGACUCUUUCCAUGCUGAACCUCUCUGGUGGACCUCAUCCUUCUCUAAGAGAGGAAACAUCCAGAUGUUGACAUCUGUCAUUUAACCGUGCCUCAUAUUCAAAGGUUCUGAUUAGGAGGGACGUCCCGGAAAAGCUGGUUUCCUCCAAGGACGGUGAGGAAAAAACAGAAUCUGUGUUUAAUAUAAAAUCAGCUGAGCUAAUGACAAAACCAGAGCGAGAGAACCCCAACAGAACCAGACUGGGCUCCAAACAUCUCCAUACUGGAAACACAAACUGGGGGGGGGGGGGGGGGGGUUAUUUAUUGAUGUGGGAAAAUGGAAACGGAUACCAGCAGUGACCUGAGCUCCUCUUUCUGCCAAUAAAUCAGAUCAGAGUAUUGAUCAUCAUAAUCGAUUGAUCAAUAAAGACUCUGCAAAAAAGCAAAAAAAAAAA